AUGCUUCUGUGCGCGGCAUCCCUGCAAGGCAUCGUGAUGCCUUUAUCGGGAGUCGCUGUGCCGGAUGCCCUCCGUCUGGUGAAAGGGAUGACGUGGUUGUUUUUGUGGACGGCGCUUGCCGUUUCCUGGGCGCUCGAUCCGAAAGCUCCAAACGUCUGCAUAAAACAUGAGAGAUAUCUGGCCAACGAAACGGUUGCAUUUCCGAAACCAUUCCAAGUCCGGACGUAUACGUGGUGCUUCGCAGUACCGCCGAGAUGCUCCAAAUUUCGAACUGACUACACUACAGCCUACAAGCAGGUGCAGAAAGAGCGGACCCGCAUCGUUCCAACGUGCUGCAAGGGUUACGUCGAGAGCACCUAUGGAGAUCGCUGCAUCCCGCUCUGCAGCAACCCGUGCCUCCACGGCACCUGCUCUGGUCCGGAAUCGUGCAACUGUCUUCCGGGCUACGGCGGCCCCACCUGCAAUUUCCUUCUACACACGUGCCCGCCUGGAAUGUGGGGCUCGGACUGUGAUAGACCGUGUCCGUGUAAGAAUGGCGCGCGGUGCGAUCCACUGACGGGUGCAUGUGCGUGCAAACCCGGCUGGCAAGGCGAUCACUGUGAUCAGAAGUGUAACGACGGCACUUACGGGUACGAGUGUGGCCAGAAGUGCCGCUGCCGGAACGGUGGCCUUUGCGAUCAUAUCUCUGGAGCUUGCACCUGCGCACCUGGCUUCCGCGGACCGCUGUGCCAAGAAACCUGUCCACCGGGAACGCACGGCGACGGUUGCACUAGCCGCUGUCAGUGCCAGAAUGGAGGAUCGUGCAACCCGAUUAACGGGAAAUGUCUUUGUCCCGACGGCUGGACUGGAGAUGUUUGCGCCGUACCUUGUCCUUCGGGUUUCUUCGGGCCCGACUGCAGCCAGAGAUGUCAGUGCUACAACGAGGCUCUCUGCGAUCACGUUUCGGGCACAUGCCUCUGCCCGCCAGGUUACAUUGGCUCCCGAUGCCAGGAUGAAUGUUCUCCCGGGACCUAUGGCCUCAAUUGUUCGAAGACCUGCGAUUGUUUGAAUGGAGCAUCUUGUGACGUCAGCAACGGUCAUUGUGUGUGUCCGCCCGGUUUCGUCGGUCCUCGCUGCGAAACUCGUAAAUGCGUCGACGGCCUGUACGGGAAGAACUGCGAUAUGGUUUGUCAAUGCCAUCCGAAGAACACCAAGCUAUGCCAUCCUUGGCGUGGCUCAUGUGAGUGCAAAGCUGGCUGGCACGGAGAGCUGUGCGAGAGAUCGUGUCCGGCCUUAGCGUACGGAGAAAGCUGUUCCCAACAGUGCGAUUGCGCUAAUGGCGCUGAGUGUGAUCCGGUCGACGGCGGUUGCCUCUGCGAGCCGGGGUUCUACGGGUCCGAUUGCUCAUUAAGAUGCCCAAGCGGGACCUACGGACGAUCGUGCGGCGAAAACUGUAUCUGCGAUAACAACGCGACCUGCUCCCACAUAACGGGGCAGUGCAGCUGUCCAUCAGGCUACUUCACAUCGCGUUGCAAUCGAGUCUGCCCACAAGGCUUUUACGGAUCAGGGUGUACAGCCAGAUGUCAGUGCACAAACGGCGGAGACUGCGACGCCAAAACAGGGCAAUGCCAAUGCAGGGCCGGAUUUUACGGGGAACUAUGCGAGAAACGCUGUGAGCCGGGAUACUUCGGUAUUGGUUGUGCGCACAAGUGUGACUGCGAAGAGAACAACUCCUUGGGGUGCGAUCCCGUCGACGGCGAGUGUCGAUGUCUGUCGGGCUUCAGCGGCUGGCGCUGCGACUCGGAAUGCGCGCCUGCGUCGCUUUUCUGGGGCACCGACUGCUCAAAUGUGUGCACAUGCGCGAAUAACGGCACCUGUAACCAGUACAGCGCCGACUGCAGCUGUCCCACGGGGUACCACGGCAACAAAUGCAAGAAGAAAUGUUCGCCGGGUUUCUUUGGCGUGGGAUGCAAGCAGAAGUGUCCGAAAUGUGACAACGCCCUCGGACCGUGCGAUUCUGUCAGCGGCCUCUGCAGCUGCCGACCUGGGUGGACUGGUCCCACUUGUUCGAAAGAGUGCCCUCCUGAUUUCUGGGGCGCAAACUGUACGGAGCCGUGCGAUUGCCAACACGGGGGAGAAUGCGAUCCCCAGACCGGCGCCUGUUUCUGCCUCCCGGGUUGGAGGGGUCCUCGCUGUAACGAGCCCUGUCCUCAGGGAACCUACGGCUUCAACUGCACCAAGAAGUGUACGUGUCUUAAUGGCGGAACUUGUCGAGCUACCGACGGUGCCUGCAUGUGUCCGAACGGCUGGACGGGGAGCCGAUGCCAACAGGUCUGCCCCGAAGGUUAUUACGGAGAACACUGUUUCCAGGCAUGCAAAUGCGAGUCCAAGCCCGGAAUGUUCUGUGAUCCCGUUAAAGGCUGCUCAUGCAAAGGAGGAUUUUCCGGACGAGAAUGCGGCCUGCGAAAUGUCGCCGGAAGCGUAAUGCUGAGAGAUUCCGACGACGGCGAUGACCGUCAAGGGAUGAUGGCGGGCGUCCUCUUCUCCACCUUCGUGUGUUGCUUGGUUCUCCUCUGCGUCGCGUUUUAUUACCGACGACGAGUGAAUCGUCUGAAGUCUGAGUUAGCCUACGUGACGUAUACGGCGGAACGUAUGACUCCAGACCACCUGGAUAAUCCCGUUUACGGAUAUCAUACGCCGGGCAUGGAUCGUGUGCCAGUCAGCAAUUUGCAGACGAUCAUCCCUAAUAAUAUCAAAUACGUAAACAAUGAUCUCUCAGCCAACACUUGCCCAGUCGCGACUCCGGGUCCUUCAGGUGAGAGAGAAAACGUUUAUCGCAUGACCCGGGUGCAAGCGAUUUGUACAUUAAGUCGAAUGAAAAACUCGAAUGUCGAGCGUGCCAAGAUCGGAGAGGAGUCGUAUUAUUCGAGUACGAUCAAGAAGAAGAACCGAGAAACCGGCACUGGCUCGCGUAGCGGUCCGGAAAUCCCGGAGGAAGAGUACGUCGCCAAGAAGAGCAAAGAGCUCGACUUUCGGCCAAACAUCUACCAGAGCAUUGACGACCUCAAGACCCUGACCAAGGAGCCAUUCUACUGUGAGGUCAAAAACAAAGAGUUCAAGCAGUCGAACGCGCAAGCUGGCGAGCACUUCCGGGGUAGCACCUCGACGUUACGGAGCACCGAUGAUAACGUCGAAUGCUCCGUUGCCAAAGAAGUUUGCUUCAGCAUUCUAAAGAAGGCCGGCAGCUCGAGUCAGGACCCGAGCGUGUAAAUAUUGUUAUCGAUGUACAUAAAUUUUGAUAGUAACCGAAUCGAUGGUAGUACCCCGCUACGGACUACGCACUCCUCGGGCGUAUGAGCUCCGCUGAUGUAAAGGUGAUAAUCUUCUCCUCGGUCUAUCGGAGGGAUCACGCGGGACAACUCAGAACUC